AUGUUUCCUAGCCCUGUGACAACGACCCCCUUCUCGGUGAAGGAUAUUCUGAACCUGGAGCAGCAGCAGAGCGGCCUGGGCUCCAUGGAGCUGGCGUCGCUGGCCUCCCCGUCCUGCAUGCUGGCCACCUUCAAGCAGGAGGCGUUCAGCGCCGAGCCCCCGGCCCUGCCCGACCUGCGGGAGGAGCUGCCCGAGCCGCCCCCCGGCAAAACCACGGCCGCCUUCCCCGGCUCCUACUACGUGAAAAGCUACGUGGAGAUGGACUCGGCCAAGGAGGCCAAGGCAGACAAGAAAGAGCUGUGUUCCCUACACAAGAGCCUGGAGCAGGAGAAAAGAGACCUGGAAGAUCCCGAGCGCCCCAGACAGAGGAAAAGGAGGAAACCUCGCGUCCUCUUUUCUCAAGCCCAAGUGUACGAACUGGAGAGAAGGUUCAAGCAGCAGAAAUACCUCUCGGCCCCCGAGAGGGACCAUCUAGCGAACGUCCUAAAGCUCACCUCCACCCAGGUGAAAAUUUGGUUCCAGAAUCGAAGGUACAAAUGCAAAAGGCAGAGACAGGACCAGACGCUGGAAAUGGUGGGGAUCCCUCCCCCGCGGCGGAUCGCGGUGCCGGUGCUGGUGCGCGAUGGGAAGCCCUGCCUGGGGGAAUCUUCCCCCUACAGUUCGCCCUACAAUGUCAGCAUUAACCCCUACAGCUACAACGCCUACCCCGCGUACACCAACUACAACAGCCCCGCCUGCAACGCCAACUACAACUGCAACUACCCCUCCAUGCAGCCCAUGCAGCCCUCGGCGCCCGCCAACAACUUCAUGAACUUCGGCGUGGGGGACUUGAAUUCGGUGCAAACGCCCAUCCCGCAGGGCAACGCGGGCAUCUCCACCUUGCACGGCAUCCGAGCCUGGUAG